AUGCCUCGAAGACGUAACUCGGAAUUUAAUCCUCGAAAUGCGGAGAUUUUUAACCACUUCAUCCUAUCGGCAGGGCUUCAGGAAUAUAAUAUGGGAGGAGGAAAAUACACGUAUAUUUCCGAUAAUGGUGAGAAGCUUAGUAAGUUAGAUCGAUUCUUGGUUUGCCUUGGUUUUAUGGAAAGAUGGCCAACCACUUCGGUUUUAGCCUUGGAUAGAGACUCGUCGGAUCAUAGGCCUAUCAUACUGACUACAGUUCAAUCAGAUUUUGGACAUACUCCGUUUAGAUUGUUUAAUUCGUGGCUUGAAUAUCCGGGUUUCAUGUACUACGUACUACAAGUUUGUGGAUCUUUUGUCUUUUCAGGACCAGAAGAGCUUGCCUUAACAAUUAAGUUGAGGUGGUUGAAAACAAAAAUUAAAGCAUGGAUUAAAGAAGAGAAUGGUAGAUCGGAAGGGUUGUAUGGUGUGAAAAAAAGUCGGCUAGCUGCUCUAGACACAUUGGCAGAGGACAGAGAACUGGGGGUGGAAGAAUUACAGGAACGAGCUGAACUUGAGAACUUUGUGGCGGAACAUGAGAGAUUGCGUCAAAUGGACACACGUCAAAAAUCUCGAACUAGAUGGGCGAUAGAUGGGGAUGAAAAUUCUGCCUUUUUUCAUCAGAUCAUCAACUCGAAUCUGAGUAAUAAUCGGGUAAACGGUCUUAUGGUAGAUGGGGUGUGGGAAACUAAUCCGUUGGUCAUUAAAGAGACAUUCUAUGAAUUUUUCUCGAAACCAUUUAAGGAACCGUUGGAGCACAGACCCGAUAUUGUGUGUCCAAACAUAAACACGAUUUCGGAAUCAGAAGCAAAUCUCCUGGUAGCUCCUUUCUCAAGUACGGAAAUAAAGAACGCGAUCUGGUCAUGUGCGGGAGACCGGGCACCAGGACCUGAUGGAUUUAAUUUUAAAUUUAUAAAGAGAUGUGGGAGGGCUUUCAACACGAUUUUAUUAGAGUUUUUGACAGAUUUUACACAGAAGGUUCUUUGA